AGAGGGGGGGAAAUCGUCUUACUAGCGGACACGUACUCAAUGCGAUACUGUGGUCGAUAAUAUGCAGAAUGCUAGUAAAUUAACCAUCGACUAGUUAGCAUCUGCAUUGCAUUGCCAGGUCAGUUUAGUAAUUGACUUUCAGUUAGUAGAAUUAGCUGGGUUUGUUUUUUCUUACGUUUCUCCCGGGAAUGCGGUUGCCAGCAAGUUGCAUCUUCCUCAGCAUACUUCUACAAUGGCUUAUUUUGCUGCCGAUGUCCCGUGCGAUGUUGAAUGGUUUCACAACUGUAGUGGAAGCAGGGAAAGUGAACUGUUUUUACGAGAAUAUCAGUGAUAACAAAACUUUGGAAAUAGAAUAUCAGGUGAUUGAAGGAGGUGGAGAAAUGGACAUUACCUUUCAAGUAGUAGCUCCUAGUAAAGCACUUUUGGUGGAUGACGAAAAGAAAACAGAUGAAGUUCAUUCUAUCCAGGCAGCUGAGGAUGGGAUUUACACAUUCUGUUUUGACAAUUCAUUUAGUAUGUUGGCAGAGAAGAUAGUCUAUGUAGACCUAGGACUUGAAAGUGACGAGGUGGAUAGCUGGCUGUCGUCACUGCAGGGAGAUACAGACACAGAAAUCCAGGAAAUACAAAUAGACAGCAUUAGGGUAAGAACAUCAUGAAUAUGAUGUAUAUUU